UACGAGGCACGUUGGCGGGCGGAACUCAACGCGAUCGCAGCUGAUCGCAGAUCACGGAAUAGAGCGAGACGGCAGACGCGAGUCGGAGCGAGAGGGCGCGCUGGGGCAGCAGCCGAGUGCGAGCGAGACAGCGCCACAAUAUAAACUGUCUUCGGAAAAUAUAGCUUUGUUUUUGUUUGCCAGCCCAUAAAACUCAGUUUUGUGUGCUGUUUUCUUGGGCCUGUUAUUUUUUUAUAUUUUUUGUGAAGGCCCUAAGAAGUGGCACAGUGUGGCCCACUCAAGUGUCACCAGAAAGUCGGGAAAAUAGGGAAAUCGGGAAAGCGAACGGGGACGCCUCUGGGAGCAGAUCAACUAAAAAUAGCAGAACAUAAAAGAGAGAAGAUUCGGAAAAAAGAAGCCAAAAAUAAUUGAAGCGUGGGCAGCAUUCAGGGGACAGUAAAGCCAGGCUAAGGAAAACGUAUGAAAAUACAUAAAUUAAGUUGUAAAGAAAAUGCAAGCCUUAUAAGCCUUAAAAUACAAAGAAAUCAAAAAUCGUUGAAAGAUUUUUCAAAAGACCUUCUAUCCAGUGCCGCCUGUACGGGCACAGUUGAGAUAAACAAUAAAUUGGCCAAAGGCCAAAAGAAGAAGAAGAGCCAGAAGAUCAGCCGUGAACGAAGAAGAAGCAGCAGCAGUUAAAGGCAGAUCGAACAAGAGCAGAACGGACGGCCAACAGGUGGAAGGAAACGGAGACCCCAAAAGAUCAAGCCCAUCCGACCUGUAGGUGGAGGAACCCACAACAUCCGCUGCGAAGAGACCCCAGCUGAUGAGCUGCAAUGUCCCAGGAAGCUGAAGAGGAGGACGAGGCUCUGCAGGAUGAGGGGGAAGAUGAUCCCCUGGCCAAUCUGCUGAGUCUGAAGCUGAAGAAGCCGAGCCACUGGAACUGGGAGCUAAGCACCUCCCGCAGCUGCAGCCAGAUAGCCCUGCCCCGGAUCCUCCUCUACGAUCACACGGGCAACCUCCUGGUGGACGCCGAUGGCCAGGAGGAGCAGACCUACACAUCCCGGCAGCCCCAGAGGCGCCGCAAGCGCUCGGCCACCUCCAAUUUGAGCCUGGAGCGCAAUUUCCAUGGCCUGCACAUAGCCGAGGCAACGCCUUCGGCCACGCCCACCCCCACGCCCACGGCCACGCCCAGUUCGAGCCGGGAGAGUGGGCGGCGGAAAACGCACGGCAGCUGCAUCGACUUCAGCACCCACGAACUGCCCAACUGGGAACCCUCUUCGGUGAGCUCGCGGCGCUCCAGUUCCCUGCGCGGAGUUCGCUUCCAGGAGGCGGAGGACCUGCUGGUCUAUCCCACGCCGCCCUCCACCUCCACGCUGAACUCCUCGAGCUCGGGCCCCAGGGAGAAGCGACGCUACCGCCGCUCGCAGAGCUCCAUCCUCGAGAGAUUCAGCCUCUCGAAGGGCAGGCACUCCUCGCCGGAGUUCGCCCAGGAGGAGGAGGUGGUCAAGGCGCCGCGCUACUUCCUGCGCACCAGCAAGGCGGGCACCCUGGUCAUCCGCGAGGAGAGCUUCAGCUCCCAGCGGCUGAGGCAUCGCCGCCGUCGUCCCCCGAAGCACUCCUCCAGCGAGAACAUCCUGGAGCAGGAGAUGGAUCUGGAGCGGGAGCAGGUGCCCAAGGCUCUACAGGCUCCAGCCAGUGUCGUGCAGGCCGCGACUCGCCGGAGACCGCAGGGGAGAACGCUCUCCACCUCGGAGGAGGAGGAGCGGGAUCUGGAGCAGGAGCCACGCAGGUCCAGGGGCAGGCCCAGGAACCCUAGUCAACGCAGCUGCGGCAAGGAUGCGGCCCAAGAGCUCAUCACUGUAGAUCCCGAUAAUUGUGCGUAUCGAGCAGCGCCGGGCGCCACCGCACGAUAGAAGAAAACCUACCAGACCCCGAAAAAGCCACCCAAGACGAUGAGAUUUGGUCUAGAAAAAUACACAAAAAGCCAGAGAACAGACAAAACUAGAGUUCCUCAUUGUGAUGUAAGACGAUAAAACAAUUGAAAAUAAAACAAAUAUACGAAACUUAA